CCUGCCCCGUCGUCCCUGCGGGCCGGCCUCGGCAACCAGCAGAGUGGUUACCAGGCUCUGGUAGCGCCCACGGCUGUGUGCAGUCACCGUUUGCUUGGACCACACGCUGCGCAGACCCUCUGCCGACAGGCCCCAGGCUGCCCACCCAGAUCCCGGUGGGCGCUCAGCCAUGGCCCUGAGAAUGCUAUCCAAGCAGUUCUGCAUCCAAAGGCCUCGAAAGAAGCCCCCAGCCGCCCACAGCAUGAAGGAGGAGACCUUUCUGCGGCGAAGGUCCUCGCUCUGCCCACCCUCCUGCACCCCGCAGAAAGCUGACCCCCGCAAGCUGGCCCGGAACCUGCUCCUUGGCCCAGACAAUGAACCGUGCCUGCUCAGCCCAGCAAAGGACAUGGAACUUAAUGGGAACGCUCUGCCGAGGGACGACGGGCCACCAACUCCCGGCUCUGCCACGAAGGUGCCACCGGCAGAGUACCCGCUGUGUGAUGGGUUCGACAAGGAGUGUGUGUCCCCAACGACCAAGGCCACCAAGAAGGAGACCCUCAAGGCUCAGAAGGAGAACUACCGGCAGGAAAAGAAACGCGCCACCAAGCAGCUGGUCAGCGCACUGACCGACCCCAGCGUGGUCAUCAUGGCCGACAGCCUGAAGAUCCGCGGGACCCUGAAGAGCUGGACGAAGCUGUGGUGUGUGCUGAAGCCGGGCCUGCUGCUGAUCUACAAGACACCGGAGGUGGGCCACUGGGUGGGCACCGUGCUGCUGCAGUGCUGCCAGCUCAUCCAGAGGCCUUCCAAGAAGGACGGCUUCUGCUUCAAGCUCUUCCACCCGCUGGACCAGUCCGUGUGGGCCGUGAAGGGCCCUAAAGGCGAGAGCAUGGGUUGCAUCACACAGCCCUUCCCCAGCAGCUACCUGAUCUUCAGGGCGGCCUCCGAGUCCGACGGCCGCUGCUGGCUGGAUGCCCUGGAGCUGGCCCUGUGCUGCUCCAGCCUCCUGCGCCUGGGCAGCUGGACACAGAGCUGCGACGGGGAGCCCAGCUCCUCACCGGACACAUCGCCCUCAGCGUUCUGCAGGCUGCCUGGCUCCGCUGACGUCCACGCCGACCAGGACCUGUUCCCGCUGAGCGGGUCCCCGCUGGCCAGCCCUCUGGAGAAGGACACAGCUUCCGACAAGUUGGAAAAGGAGAAGGCCAGGGAGUCUGACGAGACACAGGAGCACGGCCCGCCGAUGGCGGAGAGCGGCAGUGAGCCUUCGGAGCUAGGGGGCAGCCCCGCGAGGAGGGGAACCACAUAUGUGGAGCAGGCUUCCGAGGAGCUGGGCGAGCUGGGCACAAGGGCCCAGGUGGAGGUGGUGUCCCAGGAGCACCGCUGGCUGCUGUGGGGACUCCUGUGGGGGCUGCGCCCAGGCCUGGACCUGUCGCAAGUUGUACUGCCCACAGUCAUGCUGGAGCCCCGCUCCUUCCUCAGCAAGCUGGCUGAUCACUGUGCCCAUGCCGACCUGCUGUCGCGGGCUGCACUGGAGGGCAGCGCCUACAGCCGCAUCAAGCAGGUGUUGCGCUGGUACCUGUCUGGCUUCUACAAGAAACCCAAGGGGAUCAAGAAACCCUACAACCCCAUCCUCGGGGAAGUCUUCCGCUGCCGCUGGUUCCACCCGCACACCAACAGCCACACCUUCUACAUCGCCGAGCAGGUCUCCCACCACCCGCCCGUGUCUGCCUUCCACGUCAGCAACCGCAAAGACGGCUUCUGCAUCAGCGGGAGUAUCACUGCCAGAUCCAGGUUCUACGGGAACUCGCUGUCUGCUCUGCUGGACGGCAAAGCCACACUCACCUUCCUGAACCGGGCGGAGGAUUACACCAUCACCAUGCCCUACGCCCACUGCAAAGGCAUUCUCUAUGGCACCAUGACCAUGGAGCUGGGCGGCAAAGUGACCAUUGAGUGUAGCAAGAACAACCUCCGAGCAGAGCUGGAAUUCAAGCUGAAGCCUUUCUUUGGGGGCAGCACGACCAUCAACCAGAUCUCUGGCCAGAUCACCGCAGGAGAGGAGGUGCUCGCUAGGCUCUCUGGCCACUGGGACCGAGAAGUCUUCAUCAAGGAGGAGGGCAGCGGGGUCCCCGAGCUCUUCUGGAACCCUGUGGAGGUGCGCGCGCAGAGGCUGGCGCACCACACGGUGCUGCUGGAGGAGCAGUCGGAGCUGGAGUCCGAGCGGCUUUGGCUGCAGGUCAGCAGGGCCAUCAACGAGGGCGACCAGCAGAGGGCCACCCAGGAGAAGUUCGUCCUGGAGCAGGCGCAGCGGAGGCGCACCCUGAGGCACCAGCAGGCGUGCGCGCCCUGGACACCGAGGCUCUUCUGCCUGGACCCCGCCACCCAUGAGUGGCGCUACCUCCACGAGGACCACAGCCCCUGGGACCCCGAGAAGGACGUCGCUCAGUUUGAGCAGGACUGUGUUCUGCACACGCUGCGGAGGGGGGCGCACCAGAGCCGCCCCCUGCACAGCCCUGGGCCCGGGCACAAGAGGUCUGGCCUCAACCGCUCACUCCGCAAGGCCAGCGACCAGCCGUCCAGCCACAGCCAGACCCCCGAGAGCAGUGGCUCCACGCCGGAGUCCUGCCCAGAGCUCUCAGACGCUGACUCAGACUCCCCUCCAGGUUGUGGGAGCCUGUGCGCACGGUGUGGGAAGGAGGCCAGACGGCUGCAGACACUGCAUGAGGCCGUGGUGGCCAUCCGGGGGGCCCAGCAGGAGCUGCACAGGCACCUCUCGGCCAUGCUGACCUGCGCCAUGCGGACCCCACCUCCACCGGCCCCCAGCCUCCUGCAGAGCCCACGCACCUGGGUCCUGCUCUGCGCACUCCUUGCCUGUCAGCUGCUCAUCAACUCCGUCCUUAAAUGAGGCGGGGCUGUGACACCGGCAGACCUGGCAGCCCACCUGGUCCAGGCACCAGCACUUUCACCAGCCCGUACACGCCUGUGGGCCAGAGGACUUCCGAUGGACUCAGCCCAUGGCACUGGGCUCCCCUUGGAGAGACUGGCAGCCCCAAAGUCGCAGCCUCCCAGCCUUAAUGCUCAAGCCAAAUGCAGCUCAGAGCGAGCGCCACACCCCUGGGGCAAGAUGAUGGCUGCCAGGGACCUGGGCAGGGGAGAGUCAUCUGAGUGCCGGGCGUGCUUUGAGUAACCCGGGCCCCGGGAUGCACAGGGGCUCACACACCCUGAAACUUGGGCUUCCCCUCUGAGGUGUGGCUCAGGAGGAGGGUGCUGCCCCCCACUCCCCCCAGUGCUUGAGUUUCAUGGGGCUCAAGUCUGUGGGGGAACCAGUCGGUACCAGCAGGGCCCCACACCCCACGGCUGUUCCUGCCCGUUGGUAACAGCAGACAUGUGUCAAGGUGAGGGUGGGGUGAGCAGAUGUAUGUGCCUUGGGGCCACCAGGGGCCUCAAGGGCAGCCUACUCUGGCAGGCCACUGUCUUCCUGCUGGACACCUUUGUCAUCAAAGUCAUAGCAUCGCGAGUCUCCCAACCCGGCCUCUUUCCCUGCCUGAGCGCAUGUGUGUGUGUGAGCGUGCGCCCACAUGUGCUUGUGCUCAUGUGAGCGUCUUCACAUGUGUGCAUGUAUGUGCAUAUAUGCACCUGUGAAUGUGUGCAUGUGCAUGAGUGAGUUCAGAAAUGUGUGCAUAUGCACGCGUGAGUGUGCGUGUGUGCGUGGCACUGUGCAUGUGGAUGAGUGUGUGAGGGGACGUAUGCAUGGGUGAUGCACCUGAGCAAACAUGGACACAUGUGUACACCUGCAGAGCCUUCAUGCCGCACAGUGGCCGAGCCUCUAAGGGGACUGCCACUCCCUGUUGGUUGGAGUCCGUGGUCUUCCCUCGCCCACCCCCACAUCCCAAGACUCCUGUAUUUCGCACAGCAAAAUAAACUGACACACAUGUUG